GGUGGACAAAGUAGCGAUGGGAUAGUUUUCCUCCGAGUCCUUCGGUUUUCCCCCGUCAGUGUCAUUCAGCCGCUGUUGCUCUACUUCCAUAGAGACAAGUCUCCGUCGUUCCUUCGUCCAGAGGUAGACCCAGCAACCAAUACGGCAACUAGACACUCCUGGUAAUCCCCCCUUUCAUCGUUACACAACGGAUGUUCGCGGAGCAGGUAGUACUCAGUGACGUACAUUAUUCAGCCAAAUAGGAAGACGCGUGAAUAUAAAAAGCCAACAAGCGAAGUGUUUCGCCAGUCAAUCUGCAAGGAUCGUGUGCGCUGGUCGCGUGUAGAUUGCAUAGUGCAUAGUGUUCACUCGUAAUCUCAUUUACUCAAGCAAUAAAAACUAAGAUGGACACCGAAGAAUUCAGAAUGCGAGGAAAGGAAAUGGUGGACUACAUUUGUGACUACAUGGAUGGGCUAAGUUCACGAAGAGUCACACCAAAUGUCGAGCCCGGGUAUCUACAACAUCUUCUGCCAACACAAGCACCCCAGCACCCAGAAGACUGGGAUACAAUUAUGGCUGAUGUUGACACAAAAAUUAUGCCUGGGGUAACACACUGGCAACAUCCCAGGUUUCACGCUUACUUCCCCUCUGGCAACUCCUAUCCUUCAAUACUCGGAGACAUGCUGUCAGAUGCUAUUGGCUGCAUUGGCUUCUCAUGGGCUGCCAGCCCAGUAUGCACUGAACUGGAGACCAUUGUCUUGGAUUGGUUUGGCAAGGCCAUUGGACUUCCUGAUGAAUUCAUAGCAUCUUCUCCUGGCAGCAAGGGUGGCGGCGUCAUACAGUCUUCUGCCAGCGAGUGUAUCUUAGUUUCCAUGUUGGCUGCUCGAACCCAGGCCAUAAAAAACUUAAAGAAAGAAAACCCUGAUAUAGAAGAUAGCGCAUUCUUGCCCAGACUUGUGGCAUACUGCUCACAAGAGGCCCAUUCCUGUGUUGAGAAGGCAGCCAUGAUCUGUCUCAUCAAGCUUCGUAUUUUGGAGCCUGAUGACAGAUGCAGUCUCCGUGGCUCUACACUUCGAGAAGCAAUGGAAGAUGAUGUGGCUCAAGGUCUGGUCCCAUUCUUUGUCUCAACAACACUUGGAUCCACAUCUUGCUGCUCCUUUGAUAAUCUCACCGAGAUUGGACCAGCAUGUCGUCGUUUUCCAGCUGUAUGGUUGCAUGUAGAUGGAGCAUAUGCUGGAAAUGCCUUUGUCUGUCCAGAAAACAAACAUCUUAUGGCAGGAAUACAAUAUGCAGACUCAUUCAACACAAACCCCAACAAAUGGCUGCUUGUUAACUUUGAUUGUUCAACAUAUUGGGUCCGAGACAGGAUAAGACUCACGUCGGCCCUGAUUGUGGACCCCCUGUAUCUGCAACAUGCAAAUUCAGAUGAAGCCAUUGACUACAGGCAUUGGGGCGUACCUCUGAGUCGCAGAUUCCGAGCCCUCAAACUGUGGUUUGUUAUACGGAAAUAUGGGAUUGAGGGACUUCAGUCAUACAUACGAAAUCACUGCCAACUUGCAAAAUCCUUUGAAGCCCUUGUCAAGAAAGAUUCAAGAUUUGAGGUCAUCAAUGAAGUUAAGAUGGGUCUUGUGUGUUUCCGGCUUCGAGGAACAGACCGGCUGAACCAGGAUCUCCUGGGAUCUAUUAACGGUUCUGGCAAACUUCACAUGAUCCCAUCACUGGUUAAGGGAAGAUACAUCAUUCGCUUUUGUGUUGUUGCUGAACAUGCAAAUGAAGCUGAUAUUGAUCAUGCUUGGGAGGUAAUUCAGGAGCAUGCAAAUGAUCUCCUUGACUCAUACAUGAUUGAGAAAGUUUCCACUAUCCCAGUCAAACCCGCAACAGCAGAGAUCACACCAAAACCACCAAUGCGACGCACAAUAUCCAGGAGGUUAAGCUUUACAAGGAGCGUCUCGCGCGACCUCUACAGACGUUCUAUGUCACGAUCCAGCUUGCAUGAUGGAGCUACACCCAUUAUUGUACCUGAUGAUGAGGACAACAUUAUCCCCGAAAAUGACAACAUGGAGGAGGAUGUAUUUCACUCCCUCACUAUCAAAGAAGAGAAGGAACUGGUAUGAGUGUGAACUGCUCCAUCAGUGAGAACUUAUUUAUAUUUCCAGUGUGAAUUUAAGCAAUUUAAAACCCUUACAUUUCUAAUAUGAUAACAGUUUUAAAAUUAACUGUUUUUAGUUAAGGUUUAGAAAUGUGUGAAUUAUUAAACAACUGCAAGUGAGGAUGUUAGAAGAAACUUUAUAAUGGGAAAGAAGUAAGAACCUGAUCUGAAGCAUCAUUCCUUUUUUGUUUUGCUAAAAAGACAACUAAUUUAUCCAAGUUCCUGUUUUGAAACAAAAUGUUACAACAUUUUAAAGCAUUUUAAACCAAUGUAAAUAAUUUAAGAAAUGCAGGAGGUCAAACGUUUUUAUUGCAGGACUUAAGUACUGCAAAGUGAUCAAAGACAGUUACAUUUUUAUACUAUGCAUUUCAUGAAUGAAUAUUGUAAUCACACAUUGUGUUUAGUGCUUUUUUUAAUGCAAGUCUGUGCUUUAUGUUUAUUUAUGCAUUGUCUGAGUGAAAGACUGAGCGUGUAUGCAACAAAGUGAAAAUACGAAAGAAUAAUACAGAUGUAUGACACUUUUUACAAAUCAGUAUUUAUACCAUAGUCAACCAAAGCUGAACUGUUGUUUGUGUAACUCUAAUUAUAAAUUAUGAUAUGUAUUAUAAUUAAGUUUACACAAUCGUAAAAAUAUAAUAUUAAUUUGUAAUGAAACGUA